AUGUCUGUUUCACUCAGGGGUGCCGACUUCACGUUAAGAGGCAGCCCUCUGGCAAACGAGUGGGGGCUGCACCCCGAGGUGGUGCAGCAGAUUUGGAACCGGUUCAGGAGAGUGGAUGUGGACCUGUUUUCCAGUCAAAACAACACCCACUGCCCGCUCUGGUUCUCCUCCAGGAGGAUCCAUCCCUGGGGGUGGAUGCGUUUGCAUGUGCGCCUUGGCCGGGAGGCUGCUUUACAUCUUUACUCCUCUUUGUCUCAUUCCCCCUCUGUUGGAAAGAGUGAGACAAGAGCAGCUGUCAGUCAUCCUGAUAGCCCUGGACUGCCAUUCAGUGCUGUGGUAAGCAGAGAUGACCCAGAUGUUGGCAGCCCAGCCCUGGUCCAUCCCUCAAGAUGUGCAGACGAUUGGAUCUAUGAGACACAGACUGUUGGUGUUGGAAGUUAUGUGACAAUGAAAUGUCCCCGCAAGAUAGCUGAAUCCUUGCUUUGGAUCAAACUUGUUUCUGAAAAUGUGCCUCAGGUCUUAGCAAGAACGAAUGGCUUUGAUCAUCUAUAUACAUCCAAAGAAGAAUUUGGAAAAUUUGCUCUGCGUAUUCCAAAAGCAGAGCUUAGUGAUACUGGAGUUUACUAUUGUGUGAGAACAUCACAACAACAGUUGAUAUUUUUGAGAGGAACACAUCUAACAGUUGAAGGAUCAGGACCACAUGCAGAUAUCACUACAGUCCCUCCAUCUGAUCCAGUGCGUGCAGGAGACUCUGUGACUCUCCAGUGUUCAGUCCUCUCGGCAAACAAAACAUGUCUAGAAGAACACAGUGUUUACUGGUUCAGUGCCAGUUUGGAUAAAUUUAACGCCAGUUUUAUUUAUACUCAUGAAAACAGUAAUGAUCGAAGUGAGAAGAGUCUUGACAUUCAGUCUUUACAGAAAUGCGUCUACGACUUCUCCAGGAACAAUGUCAGCAGCUCUGAUACUGGGACUCACUACUGUGCUGUGACCACAUGUGGGGAGACACUGAGUAGAAAUGGAACAAAACUCAACACUGAAGCAGUCAACAUCUGUGAUUUGCAGAAGGACAAUACAGUUCUCUUUCUGCUGUGUGCUGCUCUGGCUCUCAGUCUGAUUGUUAUAGUCGUUCUCAUUUAUUCAAUCAAGAAAAUCAAGAAAAAAUCUUGUGACUGUUGUAACGCUGCAGUUGAUCUGCACACAAAUACUGCAGCCAGUGGUGUUCAGCAACGUUGGCAGAGAGACGAGGACUCAUUGGUUUAUUCUGCAGCAACCUUCACAAGCAAGAAAUGCAAAUCCAGGACAAGGGAUAGAAAAACUGCAGAGGAAGAUAUCAUCUACACUGAUGCCAGUGCUCUCAGGUUGAAUUAACAGUCUAAACACA